GCUCUAGAAACAGUUUUAAUUUUGAGAGGAUAUCAUAACAGAAUUUGUUGGAAUCAGAUAUUUUUAUUUUUAUAUUUUCGGUAUGAUAAACCCAAAUAUAUUAUAUUUUAUAUUAUCGCUAAUAAACGUAAGCAGUCGCUAAUAUUAAGCCCUGCGAUCUUACUUUAUCUCUCUCUUCAAGUAUUCUCUGUUUCAAAGCUUCUGGCAUUUUCUCUUUACCCCUCUCUGUCACACAGUAUGCUCAUGUCUAUCUCGUGUGCCUACCCUCUCUGAGGAUUAACUAAAUUGGGAAGGAGAAGAUGAAGUACGUGCUUGUAACGGGAGGUGUUGUGAGUGGACUAGGAAAAGGAAUCACAGCGAGUAGUAUUGGUGUUCUUCUACAGUCAUGUGGUCUUCGCGUUACUUCUAUCAAAAUCGAUCCUUAUUUGAACUAUGAUGCUGGAACCAUAUCCCCUUAUGAACAUGGCGAAGUGUUUGUCUUAGACGAUGGUAGUGAGGUGGAUCUUGAUCUUGGAAACUACGAGAGGUUUCUAGGUUUAACAUUAAAUCGAGAUAACAAUAUCACUUACGGGAAGAUUCAGAAGUGUGUUAUGGAUAAAGAGAGGAAAGGAAAUUACUUAGGAGCUACUGUUCAGAUUGUUCCUCACGUCACUGAUACAAUAAAAGAAUGGGUGGAGAGAGUAGCCAUGAUUCCUGUAGAUGGAAAAGAAGGUCCUCCUGAUGUUUGCAUCAUCGAGUUAGGUGGCACUAUAGGAGAUAAUGAAUCAAGGCCUUUCACUGAUGCACUUAGCCAAUUAUCAUUCAGUGUAGGACCUGAGAAUUUCUGUCUGAUCCACGUCACUCUCGUGCCUGUGCUCAGUGUUGUUGGUGAACAGAAAACAAAACCAACACAGCACAGCAUUAGAGAUCUACGAGGCUUGGGCUUGACACCUAAUAUCAUAGCUUGUCGAAGCACAGAGGUUCUUAAUGAAAAUGUAAAAGCAAAGCUAUCUCGGUUUUGCUAUAUUCCGAUUCAGAAUAUCUUUUCUCUCUAUGAUGUUCACAACAUCUGGCACAUUCCUUUGUUGCUCAAGGAUCAGAAGGCUCAUGAAGCAAUCUCAAAAGUCCUGAACCUUUCUGGUAUUGCUAAAGAACCUUCUUUAGAGAAAUGGGCUUCAAUGGUGGAAAUUAGCGACAAUUUACAUGUACCGGUGAGAAUCGCUGUGGUGGGGAAAUAUACAGACCUCUCAGAUGCCUAUCUCUCUGUCUUGAAGGCCCUCUUGCAUGCUUCAGUGGCUUUUGGGAAAAAGCUUGUUGUUGAUUUGGUUUCAUCUUGCGAUCUCGAGAAGACCACAAAGAAAGAGAAUUCAUGUGCAUACAAGGCUGCCUGGAAGUUACUGAAGGGAGCAGAUGGAGUUCUUCUCCCUGGAGGGUUUGGUUAUAGAGGAGUAGAAGGGAAGAUUCUUGCAGCAAAAUAUGCCAGAGAAAACAGUAUCCCUUUCCUCGGUAUCUGUCUUGGAAUGCAGGUCGCUGUCAUAGAGUUUGCACGCUCGGUACUAUGCUUUCCUGAUGCAAAUAGCACAGAGUUUAAACCUGAAACCAAACAUCCAUGCAUCAUUUUCAUGCCAGAGGGAUCCAAGACUCACAUGGGAGGCACAAUGAGAUUAGGGUCAAGAAGAGCCUAUUUCCAUGUCAAGGACAGCAAAUCUGCAAGACUUGUUUUCUUCCAGGUGAAUCCUGAUAUGGUUGUAUGCCUUGAGAAGGCAGGUCUCUCUUUCGGUGCAAAAGAUGAAACUAGCAAACGCAUGGAGAUUGUUGAAGUUCCAAGCCACCCUUUUUUCAUCGGUGCUCAAUUCCAUCCUGAGUACAAAUCCAAACCCGGGAAAGUAUCUCCUCUGUUCUUAGGACUAAUCGCAGCAUCUUGUGGUGAACUAGAGACAGUCCUGAAUCCAGUCUCCGUUCAACAAGACAACCAACGUAUGGCAUUUGGCAAAGAAACAUGGGUUGAUCCUAAAAAGAGUAUAUGUAACGGAGGAACCAACAAGAAAUCUCAGAAACAGCUUGUCCGAUGUAAGACAUAACAGCUACUUCAGUGACCUUUCUCUCCAUCAGAUUUCAGAUAACCAUUGAUCUGAUUUUUUUGGCUCUUGACACCAUAGAAUUGAUUUUUGUUCCAUCUUUAUAGACUUUUUUUUUUUUCUCUUUAUCUAGGAUCUUCUCUGUGCAGCUGCAAUAAGCUCUAAUGUCAGAUCUGAGACCCCAACAAAACUAAUAUUUAUUUCUGGAAGAAUCAAGCAACAUCUGAAAUCAUAGAAUUGAAAGGGGUGGCAUGAUCAUAUUUACUGUUAAGCCUCUUGUAUAAAUUUGGUUCUUUAUGCCUUAUAAGCUCUCUAUAUGGUAUUUGAUUUGUGAAGAAGCAUCAAGCAUCUGAUAAAACUUGGAGAGGCAAUAUUUAAAACAAGAGCUGUCGUUAUUCUUUUCUUUUCCCUCAAGUAUUUUCACUGAGUCCAAUUUUUGAAUUUUGAUAUACAAAUGUCAAAAAACCUUGAAGAUUGAUACAGUGUUAUUGAUUCAAGCAUAGCCUAGGG